AUGGCUGCUGAACUGCGAAUGGUACUUUAUGAAGAUGAUUCGGUGCAAGUACAGUAUGUUGAUGGUUCCAAAUUGCAGCUUUCCCCCUGUGGCUCUGAAUUUUUAUUUGAAAAGUCACCUCCUGCUUCAGCACAUCCUUUAGAACAAUCAGAAAGAAUUCGUCAAAGGACACACUUUGUUAUUAGCACUUACCGAGACCAACUACAGCGAGCCCUAGAUUUUCGAAACUCUUCAGCUACCUUCCCUUUUUUAUCUGAAAGCAUCAUACCUUCUGAAAGAAAAAAGCGUGUCUUCAUUGACAUCUCAGAAGUGAAAUGGCCCAGUCUUGACACAGAUGAUAGCAAGAUGUGUAUGGAGAAUGGCAAUGUGAAGAUAACAUCUGUAGAUGGUCACGCAUAUCUUUGCCUGCCCAAAUCUCAGCAUGAAUUUACAGUACAUUUUUUGUGUAAAGUUAGCCAGAAGCCAGACUCAUCCACAAUAUUGUCAGAAAAAAAUAAUCAAGUCCCAAAACAUAAACUAGCUGAAAAACCUGGCAAAAUCUGUACAUGUGAAAGUUUACCAGGACAGAGACGGAAGAAUAAAGAAAGUGAACUUUAUUGCCAGAUCAUGAAAUCCAAAGAACCUUUAGAGAAGACAAGUUGUAUAAAUGGAACUGAAGGCAGGGAGGAGCUGCCUUCAGAUGGUACAAAACACACAUGUGUAUACACAUGGGUAAGGCAGUGCUGGUCUGUGGCCUCCUGUCCAGAGGAAUGGAAAUACCCUUUGUCUUUAGCACUUUAUUUUUAUAAUAAAAUUAGCGAUAUGUCUAAAAUUGAUGCACAUAUCACCCAGAGUAGAACUUUAACUUCUGGUGUUUCAGAGAAAAGAGGAAAAGAGGUUUCUGUUCUUCCCAGGGCCAUGUUACUCAGCUGUCCUGUCCCACACCUGCACAGGUGGAAUUUUUGUGACUCACUUUUACAGAGACAGUCUGAUGAGGAAGAAUAUUCCUAUCCUGAACUGGUGAAAGUGGUUUGGUAUAAGGGUGUUACAUUUAGACUUACCCAUAAAAACGUGAACUCAAUAGAGAUUUAUCCUGGAGAUGGAUCUAUUUUCAAAUCAGAAGGAGCUUAUUUUGGAAACUAUUUUACAUAUUAUUCCAAUCAAGGAAGAUCAGAAGAG